AUGGCUGGUGGUGGACAAGCUUUGACUGUGCCUAAUGUCCCUACUGGAUACAAGUUUAGCCCUUAUCAUCAUGAUCUUAUUGUCCAUUACUUGAAGAGAAAAAUUCUGGAUGAACCACUGCCUGCUGAUGUUAUUCCCACCACUGAUGUAUAUGCAUCAAACCCUGAUAAACUCCCUUUAGAUGAUUUUAAAGUCGGGGUGGAGAACGAGUGGUUUUUCUUUUCGACUAGAAGCAAGGAUGAUGACAUUAUCUUAAUGGAGGAUGGCUACUAUGCAAUUGACCCUGAAUGCACAGGGCCGAUCACAUGGAACAAUAUGAUUGUUGGCUAUGUGAAGACUCUGAAUUUCUAUCAAGGAAAGCCACCCAAUGGAACUGAAACUGUUUGGAUGGUAGAAGAAUUAAGAGUUAAUCCUGAGUUUGUUCCAAUUAACAAAGAUGACCGUAGCACGCAAGAAAAGUUCAACCUGAAUCUGAUUGGUGAGCAAGUCGAUUCGGAAGGGAUAAAGGAGCACAAGAAAAUUUGUAAUCUCAGCAAGCUUGUUAAAGGAAUGCGCCUGUCGAUCGUCUAUGAUUAG